CUUGUGCUUACUCACCUCGGGCUCCUUUCCACCACUACAGUACAGAAUAAACGCAUCAGCUUCUAUAUUUUGGCUCGAUGCCCCUCUUCUUAUCAUAAACAUCCCUCAGAUCCAUACUUCUUCUAAACUCCCCCGCAGCGAUGCCAACACCUCAAUCCCGGGCCAUUGGCUUGACUCUCCUCAACCUCACCGACAUCUUCGGUCAGAAAGACAGGUCUACGCGUAUGAAAGCCAUCGCCGAUCUUUGGGUACCAAGUUCAGACGUCCUUUUCAUCGAUGCACUGGGUGUGUUCAAGUCGCAUGAGGCAAUCAGUGAGAUGGUGGAGAAGAUACAGGGUGUGAGUGGAGAGGGCGAUGAAUUUGUUGCUUUAGGCGAAGUCGAUUGUCUCAAACACGACGACAAAGACGACAUCUGGGUGACGAAAGUGAAAUGGGGCAUCAUAGCAGCCAGCAGUGGAGAAACGGGUUUAACGGGUGAGGAUGUCGUGACCAUAGUAGGCGGAAAGAUUAAAGCAUGUUACACGUUCCUCGAUCCAAAGUAAUUCACG